GUUUGGUGUGAGUGGCUGCUGAGAUAGAGGAACAUAUGACGCUGUGGUUCUCUUCACUUCCUGUAAAAUUAUGCUCUACAGAAACUGCAGCUACAUGUGAAAUGCAGACAAAGCCCCGGGACAUUAUUUCUUUCAGAAGAGUGACAAAAUGGAUAACUAACUCUUUCACCUCAUGAUGAGUUUGAAGUACAGAAUGACAUGGUGUAGUGGGCUCGAGGCACUGUAACAGCCUGAGAAGCUGUGAUGGACACCCUGACCGGGGUCCAGCUCUGCCCAGUGAAAGACUUUGACCAAAGAGUGGAGAUGAGAGCAGAGAAACGUGAACACAUGCGAGGACGUAACAAUGUGACCUCGUGUCGCAGCCCCAGGGUAGAGUUUGACACAAAACUGAUCCAAAAUGAACAGAAAGAGAAACGGCAGCUGGAAUAUCUGAAGAGGAGAUCACUGAGCCCAGAGCUGUGCGGCUUGAAGUCUACAAGGACGAACACUUCACCAAAGACAAUGAAACAGCAUAGUUUAAAGUAUCAGAAUACAAACAUCCACAAAAUUCCCUCUAAUGGUCAUAAAAAGACGAUUGUAUCAUCUAACAGCAGCAUAACUGAUGGUCCAAGCACCAGUACAUGGGCCUCAUUAUUGUCAGAGCCAGUAACACUGGUGAGGCAAGACAAAGAUUGUUCAAAGAAACAAGCAUCUACCUCCACACCAGAGAUAAAGGAAUCAAGCCAGCACACGAAGAAAAGAGAGAACAGUGUUAAAGUUCAAAAGUCCUCCAUCAAACCAAUAAUUCAAACAGAAAGCCUUCACCAAAAGUUUGCAACUCAAGCCAAAAACGUCCCACCAAAAAACCCUCUUCGGGAGGCGGGUGUGCAGACAGUGUCUGGCCUCGUCACUGUUAAGGAAUCGGAUGUUCAGCAGCUCGCUGAGUACUUGCAGGAGGCCCUGUGGAGAGAGGAGGCCAUGAAGAAGAAGCUGGCUGGUCUACAGGAGAGCAUGUCAGACCUCGUGAACUCCUCCAACAAAAUAUGGACUGCUCGCUGCAGUGAAGACCUGCUGAGAAACAAGAUCGGGGCUCUGGAGGCACAGCUGCAUGUCUGUCUGAAGUUUCCGAAAGAUGGAGUGAAGAAACUGAUGGUGCAGAUGGAGAAGCAGAAACUGAUAUACGAAGAGAAAGCACUAGUUGCUCUUCAGAGGGCCACGCAGGAGAAAACUGAGGCUCUCAGCAAGGCUGAGACACUGCAGGAAUUGCUUAUUUCAGCAAAGGCAGCGGCACUAAAGUGGCAGAGCUUGUACGAGGAGCUGAAGUUGAGCUGUGACCAACUCAGGGAGAACCAGCGCCUCAGCAAUGAACAGCUGCAACAGCUACUCAGCCAAGUGGAGCUGUUCAGAGCCAGAGAGGAUGAGCUGAGGGAUGAAGUGGUGUCACUGAGGCAAGUGAACACAGAGCUGCAGUACAACAUGUGUGUGCUGGAGGAGGAUAACCUUCUCUCAAAGGAGGAAAUCCAGAAUCUUAGAGACGGUGACCGUAAGAGUCAGGAAAUUCAGGAUCGUCUGACAUCACACGAAACAGAGACGCAACUGAGAAAAAACUCUCAGAUGGAGGAACAGCUCCGUCACACUCAGGAGAAACUACGCCUCAAGGAGAGCGAGUGUGAGGAGCUGCAGACAGAACUGCAUGCAGUAGAACAGGAGUGUCAGUCCAGCCAGGCCCGGCUGUCACAGUGCAGGGAAGAACUCCGGCAAAUCAGCCACCGCCGCAAGAGACUGAUGCCAUGUGGCUCCUGGAGGAAAGUCUGUGUGUUCCUCCUUCUCCUCGUCGCUGUGGCAGGGGUCGUCAUGUUGUGGAUGUGGCAUCCUCCCUUCAGGGAGCAAGUGGAAGACCUGUACUCUGAUAUAGAGACACGCAUCCAGGACUAUCUCUUGGAAAUGGCCACUCCUGAACACUCAGGCUGUUUUAGACCAAUAUGAUGAUGUUAUUAUAAUUAAGCUGUAGUUGUUGUUGUUGUUGUUGUUGUUUUUAAAAUAGGAUUUUAAUUGGAUGUAGUAUUUUGCAUAAUGCAUAUGCCAUGACAUGUCCCAUUUGUAUUUUUCAUAUUUAAAAAUGUUGACUUCUGUGUCAUGCGUGUCAUACACUAUGUAAAAUAAAUAGUGCC